AUGAAAGGUUGGGGGGCUGGUGUCCAGGUACAGCAGGACAGACGAGGGCCAGUCCCCUCCGAGGCUACAGCCGGUGCUGCGGCCAACCACCAUCGCCGGGGCGCUGACCCGAGGCCGGUCCCGCGGCCGAGGGCACCGCCCGAAGCUGCGGCAGGCCGGCCGGAGGUGGCCCCUGGCACGGUCGUGGCGCCGCCCGCGGCCAUUCAAGAUCCGCCGGGUGCUGGCCCUGGGCUGGCACCUGGCCCGGCCGUGGGAGCACCCGUGGCGCAGCCCGCGGCCAUUGACCAUCCGCCAGGCGCUGGCCCGAGGCAAGACCAGCCGGAGGUGGCGCCUGGCCCGGCCGCGGAGGCACCCGUGGUACCGCCCGCGGAGCGGCAACGCGACGCGGGUGCGGGCCCGGGUGCUGCACUUGCCCCGCCCGUGGAACAGCGACAUCAGGCGGGUGGGGACGCGGGUGCGGCUGUAGCCAUGGCUGUGGACCCGGGGCCCGGCGAACGGCCCGAGCAGCAGCUGCUGCUGGGCCAGCCGCCGGGCCCAGAGGCGGUGCAAGCCUAUGCGACGCUGCUCGCCAAGGCAGAAUCGGCGGCCACCAGCGCCAUACCCUGGCAUGCUGUACUACGAUGGCAACUUUCGGCGACGGAGGGUGGCCCAAGGGCAUGCCCAAGGGGAUGCGUGAAGGUGAUGGGUGAUGCGCGGUGCUGGCACAGCGGCGGCCUUCCUGUGGGACCUCCCUCUCCUGUCUGGCUGAGACUCCUGGCAAGACUUCUGACGAGGUAA